AUGGAUUUGUUUUCCAAAAAUUGCAACUUCAAGGAGGCACUAAGGUUUUUCUAUGAUGCUUCAAGCAAUAACGUGGCAUGUUGGAAUGCUAUUAUUUCGUUGGCAGUUAAAAGUGGAGAACGCUGGGUUGCUUUGAAUCUGUUUCGUGGAAUGUGCCAUGCAUCUCUAAUGCCGGAUAGUUAUACAUUUCCAAGCAAUCUAACAGCAUGUUGUGUGCUUAAAGAAUUGCAUAUUGGGAGAGGAGUUCAUGGGUGGGCAAUCAAAUGUGGUGCAACAGAUGUCUUUGUGGAGACUGCUAUUGUUGAUUUAUAUGCAAAAUUUGGAUGUAUGAGUGAAGCUUUUAGACAAUCUUCCCAGAUGCAAGUCCAUAAUGUGGUCUCCUGGACUGCUAUAAUUUCUGGGUUUGUCCAAGAGGAUGAUAUUAUUUUUGCACUAAAGCUUUUCAAAAAUAUGAGAGCAAUAGGGCAGGAGAUAAAUAGCUAUACUAUGACUAGUGUACUUUCUGCAUGUGCUAAACCAGGGAUGAUUAAGGAGGCAGGUGAAAUUCAUUCCUUGGUAUUAAAAUUAGGGUUGAAUUUAGAUGCUAAGGUUGGUGAUGCUUUAGUCAACAUGUAUGCAAAAAUAGGAGAAGUUGGACUAUCUGAGUUAGCCUUUAGUGAGAUGAAAAAUAUAAAGGAUCAGAGCCUAUGGGCAGCCAAGUUGUCCUCUUUCACACAGAACCAAAAUUCUGAAAGGGCAGUUGAGUUAUUCCUUGUGUGUAAGGAAAUUCACGGUUAUGCUUUCCAGUUGGGAAUAGGAACAGACACAGUUGUUGGUGGUGCACUUGUAAACAUGUAUACAAAAUGUGGAAACUUGAAUUUGGCGAGUACAGUGUUUGAUAUGCUGCCCCAAAAAGAUGUGUUUGCUUGCUCUUCCUUGGUCUUGGGAUAUGCCCAAAAGGAUCUAAUUGAAGAAUCAUUUUUGUUAUUCCAUGAUAUGCUCGACUAA